UUAUUAUUUUAUAGAUUGGCAAAUCUAUCCCCAAAACAUUUUAAACAACAUUAUGGAACAACAAGACAAACAAGAAGUUCAUGAGGAGCAACCUCAAAGAACUGAAGACGAAACCAAGGUAGACGGUGAAGGAGAAGAAGAAGACCAAUCCAUCUUCGAGACUAACUGGGAUGAAUCAGUUGAGAAAUUUGAUGAUUUAGAUCUCAAAGAAGAGAUCCUAAGAGGAGUGUUUGGUUACGGUUUUGAGAAACCAUCUCCUAUUCAGCAGAAGGCCAUUCUUCCCAUCUUACAGGGAAGAGAUACCAUCGCACAGGCUCAGUCUGGUACUGGUAAAACUGCAACCUUCACUAUUUCGACCUUGCAGAUAGUCGAUACUUCAUCAGACCAGACUCAGGCAUUGAUAGUAGUCCACACCAGAGAACUUGCUUACCAAGUUUACAAGGUUGUCGAAUCUAUCGGUGAAUACACUGGAGUGAAGGUCCAUGCCUGCUGCGGAGGUACUGCCGUCAGAGACGAUAUCAGAAAACUCAAGGGAGGAGUUCAAAUCGUCGUUGGUACUCCAGGUAGAGUUAAGGAGAUGAUGAAGAAAGGCUUCCUUAAGACCGACUACCUGAGACUCUUCGUUUUAGAUGAGGCCGAUGAAAUGCUCUCAAGAGGAUUUAAAGAACAAAUCCAAGAAAUUUUCAAGUUCUUGCCAGGAGAAAUUCAAAUUGCUCUUUUCUCCGCUACUAUGCCUCCGGAUAUUCUCAGAUUGAGCGAGAACUUCAUGAGAGACCCAGCUAGAAUCCUUGUUAAGAAGGACGAGUUGACUCUUGAAGGUAUCAAGCAAUACUAUGUUCCUCUCGAUGAGGAAAAAUGGAAGUUUGAUGUGCUGAUGGACUUGUACAUGAACUUGGAAAUCAACCAAGCCAUCAUCUACUGUAACACCACCAAGAAGGUCGAUGAGCUCACUAAAGAUCUCAAGGAAAAAGACUUCACUGUCUCAGCCAUGCACGGAGAAAUGGAUCAAGUAACCAGAGAUUUGAUCAUGAGAGAAUUCAGAACCGCCACUACAAGAAUUUUGAUCUCUACCGACUUGUUGGCUAGAGGAAUCGAUGUCCAACAAGUUUCAGUCGUCAUCAACUACGAUCUACCACUCAAGAAAGAGAGCUAUAUUCAUAGAAUUGGUAGAUCAGGAAGAUUCGGUAAGAAGGGUACUGCUAUCAACUUCGUCACCCCAAGAGAUGCUGAUUUCUUGAAGGAAAUCCAGACCCAUUACAACACCCAGAUCAACGAAUUACCAACCAACUUGGAAGAAGUAUAAACAGCUAGCUCAGGCUAAUAUGAUUGCA